GAUACAGUUGUAAAUAAUUAAUUUGGACGUUUUGGAUGUGAAAUUCAUCUUGAAAUAGAAAUGUGAGCACACAGUAAAUCACUCAGUAAUAAAAUGCUCAGUGGGUAUGUGUGAGAUCUCUGAGUAAAUGGCUGUGAUGUUUCAGAGAAACUCACUUCUGUGCUUCUCUCAUACGACCACUUCCUCUGUUCUCCCUCCUCCUCAGACUAACGACAUGUGAAACUAAUCUCAGACUCUGACGUUCCACUCCACUCUGUCCAUCUCUGUCAGUCAGUCACGUCCAAAGUCGUCAUGGAAACUCUCCUGUUCUGGGACCUGGUGUCUGUGGUCAUCAUGCUGUUCCUUGUCUCUACAGAGUCAGCAGGUGACUCAACAAAAUAUCUGACAAAUAAAUCAGCUUCUUUGGGAGAAAUUGUUACUUUGGUUUGCAAUAACUCAGAGACGAAUGCAUCAUACAUCUGGAAGAAGGACACKGUUCUCAUUUUCUCUCAUAGUGACACACUGAAUAAAACUGAAAGAAAAUUCACCUCUGACAGGAUGAGUGUUGAUCCACCUACAAAGCUGACUAUCUUUAAUGUACAGUUAAAUGACACCGGGAGCUACAGCUGUCAAAUAACAGAUGAUCAAAGUGGUGUACGGACAAUGGAGUGGAAUAUGACCAUCACUAAUAACCUCACAGAUCAUGCUAAACAUGGCCUACGGAGGUUAUUGCUCUUCACAAUUCCAUCUGCUAUUGGAGGAGUGGUUUUCUGCAUUAACAUCUGCUGUAUGGUCUGGCUGUGUAGGAAACGAAUACCGGAACAGACAAGUCAUUGUGAUAGGCACGGAGAGGUGCAGCAGGAAUGCAAUGAGGAGAUGAUUUAUGAAAACUGUCUAGCUACAGAUGCUGCACAACACUGUCAACAUGGACCCACAACACUGAGAGAAAAGGAGUCAGAUUAAACAGGAGGAGAACAGAGAGCGUGACUGAGGGGUGGAGGUGUGGGUGAGAAAAUGUGUAGCAUUUCUAUUUCAGACAUUGACCACCUGAUAACAACAGCACUGAGGUGAUGGAAAUAAUGUAUAUGGACGUCAUUUGUGCCAGAGCAUGAGAGACAGAUACGUCUCUGUACCAUAUAGUCAAAAGGUGGUGCUCAGGGGUUUAGGACUGGUAAGACUGUUGUGUGCUAGGAUUUGCAUAGAAGAUGGAAAGCUAAGGCUUGUUUACAGAAAAACAACAAGCCCAUGGGAUUUUAUCUAUGGKUCAAAUGCAAUYUAUCUCAGGAAGUCACACYUUGUUUCUAGAUAGCAGUGUCCUCCCUGCUUUAUUUUUCUAUUCAGAAGAACAUUSAAAUAAUGUAUCCACCCAGWUAAUAUAUGUCCAGGCCCUGAAAUAGACAUAAAGCAA